AUGUACUAGCGCAGUUAAAACUUGAAAAAUGAAAAUGAAAAUUGUUACAUUUAUGUUUUAGUUAUUUUUGAGAAUAUUUCUUCUUGUUUACUUUCAGUAUUUACUUCUCGUUAAGUAUUCUAGAUGAUUUGACAGUGUAUAAGAUUUAAUUUUUUUAUAUUACAUUUAUAUUUAGCCCUUUUUUUUUAUACUGUACCUUCAUUGAAUAAUUUUGAUACGUUGUAGUAAAAUACUUGGCUUAUGUUGUAAAUAUUUCUGUUCAUAUUUGUUAACCAAUGACACUUUUAUGACAUGACUAUCAAUAAUUGGACACAUGUUGGAGAAAAAAGGAGAUAUGGUAUUGCUAUUCAUAAUUAUUUACAAAGUGGUCCACACAGAAUCAAGUUGUUGGUUGGUGAAUGUGUACACGUUUUGGAAGAAUGCACUGAUUGGUAUUACGGAUUUACUUUUAAAAAUAAAUCAACUCACGGAAUAUUUCCUAAAAAAUUUGUUCAUAUUAUGGAUAAUGUUGUUGAAAAAUUUGGACCAGCUGAGCUGACAGUGUUAAAACAGCCUCAAAUAGUUCAUGAACUUACCAGUGUUGUUAGAGAGUGGGCUAUUAUUUGGAAACAAUUAUACAUUUGUAACAACUUAAAUUUUAAAAAUGUAGAAAACAAAAUCUAUGAACUAGUAAAGUUUAGAAGUAAAAUUUUAUCAGGUACAUUACCUAUUGAUGAAUUAAAAGAAGUACAAAGAUUAGCAACAUCCACCAUAGAUGUUGGAAAUAAAUUAUUGGGUUUAGAUAUGGUUGUUAGAGAUGAACAGGGUAAUAUAUUAAAUCCGCUUCAUACACCAACUAUACAAUUAUACAAACAUCAUGAAACUGCUACAAAUCGAAUUCAAAAUGCAUCUACUGCAAGUAAUAUAAAAAAAUCAAGCGAGACAGUAAAUUAUAUUUAUAAUUACACUGUAUAUUUUUCUCUGCACAACUUUAUGUGUAAAAUGACUGAUGAUGCUGAAUUAUUAUUAUCGUUAUAUGAUGCUAAAAAUGCAAAAUCAAUUUCUGAAAACUUUGUUGUAAAAUGGGUCUCAAAUAAAGUAGAUCAAGGAGGAUGGUCUCAAAAUGAUAUUUUCCAUAAUUUUAAGGCUUUAUUUACAGAUUUAGGAACUCGAGAUCUGGCCAGAGAAAAAGUGUACUUAGUCUGUUAUAUAGUGAGAAUUGGUGGUAUGGAAAGUGAUAGCAAUACUAAAAAAAGUUUAAUGACAUCACAAAUCAGAAGACCAUGGGGUGUGGCAGCCUUAGAUCUAACUUUAUAUUUUACUCGAAAACUUGAAAGUGAUGAAGACAAACAUCAUUUUAUGCCAUUUUUACCAUGUGAAAAAGAUAAUUUGGAAAAUACACUAAAAAGAUAUUUAAAUUUAAAAGACUACUCUCAUAAAGAUCAUAAAGGUCAAGGAUUACAUGUGAGCUUUAAACUACUUAAUGGAGAUAUCAAGCAGGUUCGAGAAGAAUAUCCUCAUUUGGUAUUAGGUAAUGUCUCAUUGAUAAGGAAAAUGGGUUUUCCUGAAGUUAUUUUGCCUGGUGAUGUUAGAAAUGACUUAUAUUUAAUGUUAGUUGGAGGAGAGUUUUCUAGGGGUAGUAUGUCCUCUGACAAAAACAUUCAAGUUACUAUUACUGCUUGUAAUGAAAAAGGUGUUAAGUUAUUAGGAGUAAUAUUUUUGGGCGGUGAAUCAGAAUCUAUUUCUGAAUUUAAUUCAGUUGUGUAUUACCAUGAAGACAAACCACGAUGGUUUGAAAUUGUUAAAUUGGCUAUUCCUAUUGAAGAUUUUAAAGGUAGUCACUUAAAAUUUACAUUUAAACAUCGAUCUUCUAAUGAAGCUAAAGACAAAAAUGAAAAACCCUUUGCUUUAUCUUUUGUAAAAUUAAUGCAAGACAAUGGCACCACAUUACGAGAUACAUUACAUGAACUUCUUGUGUACAAAAUUGACUACAAAAAAUUUGAUCCUACAGAUAUAGCUUAUCUUACUUUAGCUUCCAGAAAAAAUGAAUUAGUAGAUACAAACAAUCGUAUAUCUGUACCUGGUUUAUCUUUAGCUAAUAAAGAUGUGUUUAUUAUCCAUACAAAUAUAUGUUCUACAAAACUUACUCAAAAUGUUGAUCUUUUAAGUUUAUUAAAUUGGGCAAGUCACCCUGAUAAGCUUAAGGAAAGUCUUAACGCUUUAAUGAAAGUUGAUGGAGAAGAAAUUGUUAAAUUCUUACAGGAUGUAUUAGAUGCUUUAUUUAAUAUUCUUAUGCAUAAUUCUGAUUCUGAUCUGUUUGAUAAUAUGGUGUUUGAUUGUUUGCUUUAUAUUAUUGGACUAGUCUCAGACAGAAAAUAUCAACAUUUUCAACCAGUUUUAGAUUUAUAUAUUCAAGAAAGCUUUUGUGCUACUCUUGCUUAUAAUAAACUUAUUGUAGUCUUAAAAUGUUAUUUAUCUCAUUGGGAAAGUACUGAUAAAGAUCUUCUCUUAAACAUAAUGAAAUCUUUCAAAUAUAUUAUGAAAUUCAUUGCAAGGUCACGGUUCCUAUUUUCACAAUUAUAUGAAGGAAAAGGACAACAAACUUUUGAAGCUUCAAUGUAUGAAAUGUUAAAACUCAUAUCAAAUUUAAUGUGUAUCAAUACAGAUUCUACUUUAUUAUUACAAGGAGCAUGCUUGAAAUAUUUACCCCAUUCAAUUCCUGAUAUCAUAAUAGUGUUUAGCUGUACACAACUUAGUUCACUGUUGGUAGAAUUGAUAGGAAAUGUACCUCCAUCCAGACUUGUGAAACAAAAGCUAAUGACCAUGAAUGAUAUAGUACAUAGCAAGCUUUUUUUUAAUGCCGAUUGUAGAGCUAUUUUGCUACCAUCUGUUUUAGCUAAAAUCAAAGAAUUAUUGGAAUCUUCUGACGAGGCCAAAACUAGCAUCGAGUAUCGAAACAAAUCCAAAUCUGUCGCAAAAAUUGCCAAAGUGCUGGGAGCCAGUGGUCGUAAUCUCCUCGACUCUCAUGACAUAAGUGAUCAAGUUGAAAUGUGUGUAAAGUUAUUAGGGGACAUAAUGGAUCUUUUAUAUGCAGCUGAUCCAGUGUCAACAUUUCGUGAUAUUACUGAAAUAAUGUUAACAGUUUUGCGAACUGUUAUUCAAACUACUAUAGCAAUGGACAGAGAAGGAUCCUUAUUAGGUUAUUUAGUAUCUAUUAUGAUAGCAGCAUUACGUCAAAUGUCUGCUGAACAUUUUGAUAUAUAUAUAAAGCAUUUCCCUACUAGAAUUGAUUUAUUAGAUUUCCUAAUGGAAAUUUUGUUAGUAUUUAAAGAUCUUGUAUCACGGCCUGUUUUCCCCCCAGAUUGGUGUGAAAUGAUAAUGUUACAAAAUAGUGUUAUAUUAAAGUCUUUGAGAUAUUUUUCACAUACAAUUAGAGAUUAUUUCUUUAAAGAUUUUGAACAUCAAGCAUGGAAUAACUUUUUUCAUUGUGCUAUUAUUUUUUUAACACAACCAUCUCUUCAAUUAGAAAAAUUUUCAUCCAAUAAACGUUGGAGAAUUAUUAGUCGAUAUAAAGAUAUGCGUAGAGAAACUGGUUUUGAAAUUAGAAGCAUGUGGUUUAAUUUAGGACAAUACAAAGUACAAUUUGUGCCCAACCUAGUAGGAUUAUUUUUAGAAAUGACAUUAAUUCCUGAAAUUGAAUUACGUAAAGCUACUAUUCCAAUAUUUUUUGACAUGAUGCAGUGUGAAUUUUAUUCAUGUUUUGAUGGGCACACUAAUAAACGUGAUUCUAGUAAUAUUAAAGCUAAAUUUAAUGAAUUUGAAAAUGAAAUGAUUGCUAAACUAGAUUAUUUAGUAGAAGGAGGCAAAGGUGAUGAACAGUUUAAAGAACUUUUUAAAUCCAUAAUGUUAAUGCAGUGUGAAAAUCACUCUACAAUGAAAGAACAAGGUAUAAGAUUUGUGAAAAUUGUUACUUGCUUAAUGGAGCGAUUACUUGAGUAUCGAGCAGUUGUAGAUGAUGAGAAUAAAGAAAAUCGAAUGAACUGCACUGUCAAUUUAUUAAAUUUCUAUAUGGACAUCAAGCGUCAAGAAAUAUAUAUUAGAUAUGUAAACAAACUUUGUGCUCUUCAUUUGGAUUGUGAUGAUUUUGCAGAAGCUGCUUAUACACUUAGAUUACACAGUGAAUUGUUAUCGUGGUCCAAUGACUCAUUACCACCUUUGUUGCGAUCACCACUGAGAUAUCCAACUUGUGAUACUCACAGGCAAUUAAAAGAAGCCCUUUAUCACGAUAUUAUUGAUUAUUUUGAUAAAGGAAAAAUGUGGGAAUGUGCUGUAAGUAUGUGUAAAGAAUUAGUUAGACAGUGUGAAUGUGAAACAUAUGAUUACAUUCAAUUAAGUUCUUUGCUGCACCGUAUGUCAAACUUUUAUGAUAAUAUAAUAAAGCAACUUCGACCUGAACCUGAAUAUUUCAGAGUAGCUUAUUAUGGUAAAGGUUUCCCAUCGUUUUUACAAAACAAAAUAUAUGUAUACAGAGGAAAAGAAUAUGAAUUUUUGAGUGAUUUCUCAACAAGAAUUCGCCAUUUGUUUCCUAAUGCUACAUUAAUGCAAACACUUUCAAAACCUGGAUCAGAUAUCAUGGAAUCUACAAGUCAAUAUUUACAAAUAAAUAGUGUUGAACCUGUAAUGGAUGAACGAAAAGAACAUUUGUUAAAAAAACCCAUUAAUGAACAAAUAUUAAGACAUUACAGGGUAAAUGAUGUCAAAAAAUUUAAAUUCUCGAGGCCUUUUUACCGUAUAGAUCCAAAAAUGGAAUCAAAUAAUGAUAAUGAAUUUGCUAAUCUUUGGAUAGAACGUACUGUUAUGGAUACUACAUCUUCUUUACCGGGUAUCUUACGAUGGUUCCCAGUAAAACAUUCUGAAUCUUAUGAAAUAAGCCCACUUGAGAAUGCUAUUGAAACAAUGCAAGAAGCUAAUAGAGAGUUAAGAGAGUUAAUAAUUACUCAUCGCAAUGAUGCGUCAUUGCCUCUUCAUCCAUUAAGUAUGAAAUUAACUGGUAUAUUGGAUGCUGCUGUAAUGGGUGGUGUGACUAAGUAUGAAAAAGCAUUCUUUUCUACAGAAUAUUUUGAAAACCAUAUGGAAGAUGAAUUAUUAAUUCAGCAGCUAAAAGACUUAGUAGCAUUACAAAUACCUUUAUUAGAAAUUGGUGUUAAAGUCCAUGGUGCUAGAGCUGAUCCUAAUUUAACUCCUUUGCAAUUACGACUUGAAGAUUGUUUUGCAAAAAUGAAAAUGCAUAUUGAAAAUAAAUAUGGAAAGAAAACAUGUGAUAUCAAAUUUGAUAAUAUUAAGAUAAGACGACACACAACAACAGGAAAUAAUAUAAAUGAAAAAAGAUAUUCUGGUUCCAGUAUUGGAUCUACUGAUUUUAUUUUCAGAGGGCAAAAUGGUACUACAAAUUCAAAAUCAUCUUUAAUAGCCACAACUUCACUUUCAUCUAGUUUAGCCAUAUUUGCUGGUCCUGUCCUUGUGUCAGGAUCAAAUAAGUUUGGAACAAUUGGAGCACUUUCUAGAAAAGAUAAAAAAGAAAAAAAGAGACGAAAUAGAACUGUAUCAAAAAUGACGAUAUCCAAUGAUAGAGAUUCUAGUAUUUCAAAUACUUCUACAAGCACUAGUCAAUGGUAUACUAUGUCAGAUAAUGAUAACAUGUCAAUAAGUUCAAUAAAUAGUACUUUGAGUGCAUUUUCAUCACCAGCGCCUGUCAUUGAAUUACGUCAAGAAUUGACACCAAAAAGGCCCCUACGUUCAGAAGUAGAAAAAGAAAAACGUUUAAGUCGUCCUAAUAGUGGACAAUUUCAAUAUUCUAAAUUACCAUCAAUGAAUAGCCUUAAUAGAGACUCUUUAGUAACAACAGAUUCGACAGCCAGUGAUGAUGAUGUACCACCUCCAUUACCCAGGAAAGCUAGAGAAACGGAUUACUCCAAUUUAUCAGACAAAGACAAUUUAGCAAUGUCAGAUUAUUCUAGUCCAAUUAUUAUUAAUAAUAUACCACUAGUGAAUUCAGAAGAUGACAUUAGACCACCCACACCUCCUCCUAAAAAGCCACAACUGAAAUCUUCUAUAUGAAAAAAACUUUAUUUUUAAUGUUAUGACAUAAAGCAAUAAUAUAUUUUUUGAAUAUAAUAUAAUAUUACAUAUAUUAUAUUAAUUUUAUAUAUUUUUUAAAUCAAAGAAUAAAUUUAAAAAUAAGUUGUACUUGUAUAUUUUAUUUUGAAGUAUUAAAAUUUAUGUUAAAUUAAUUUUUUAUAAUAUAUUCAUGAUCGAUAAAUAGUAUUAAUAUGAACAAAUUGUUAACCAAAUCUCUGAUUAUUUUUUUUAAACUUAAUGUUAAUUUUCUGUAUACAAAACUGUGCAAUAUUUGUGAAACUUUUGUAUAUUUUUACUCAUUAUUAAAUCAUUGCGGUACUUUGUUUAUAAUUUACUAUAAAAAAUUUUUUUAGACAAUUGUGUUGUAAUGUAUUAUUAAACUAUACCGAAUUAUUUGAACUGCCUCAUUGUAAUAUUAAACUAGCAUGAAUUUUAGAAAUAAAGUUUAAUUAAAGAUAAGUAUGACUCAAUUAAAAAUAUGUGAACAGUUACCAUGUCAACAUUUUAAAUGAUAUGUCAAUUA